AUGAGUCAGAAUUGUGCUGCCUGGAUCAUUGCUGCCAGAACCAAACCCUUCAUAAUUGGCGAAGCCCCCCUCUAUAAGCCCGGAAAGGGGGAGAUUCUUAUCAGAAACCAUGCUGUCGCGGUUAACCCUGUAGACUGGAAGAUCCAAGAGUCAGGUCUCUAUCUGAAUACAUUUUCUUUUAUUCUGGGAAGAGAUGCAGCGGGUAUGGUGGUGGACAUUGGUGAAGGUGUCACCCAAUUCCACAGAGGCCAGCGGGUGAUCGCUCCUAAAUCUGGUAAUUCUGCUCACGCAGCAUACCAGCUGUUCUUCCUCGCUUCACAGACUCUCGCGGUAUCUAUUCUAUUCUACAUAAGCUUCGAACAAGGCGCAGUCCUGCUACUAGCAAUAUCCACCAGCGCCGCAGGCUUAUAUCUUCCGGAAUAUCUCAACCUCCUCUUGCCAUCGGAUACUCCAGAGUCACUGGAAAAGAUUCUACUGGUCUGGAGUGGUGCAUCUUCUGUAGGCACAACAGUCAUUCAGCUCGCGACUGCCUUUGGCUUGUAUGUUGUUACGACCGCGUCUCACGCUAACUAUGAGUUUGUGAGGUCUCUGGGGGCAGCUGAUGUAUUUGAUUAUCAGUCGCCGACUGUUGUUAUGGAUAUAGUGACGAGACUAAGACACAUGGAUCUAUGUAGUGUAUAUAAUGCUAUCACUCAGCGGCUUCAGAAGUGUAUUCCAGCGGUCAGCGUGCACCCGUGUUAUACACCUACUGUAUUUUUCCACCCGAAGUAUGUAACCUCCUACGGGAUCUCAUACCCCCCAAAUGGGAGGAUUGGGAAGGCCAUCUGGGGAGCCUUCGUGCCACAUGCCCUGGCCACUAGGCAGUUGAAGGCCAAACCUGACCCAGUGGUAGUUGGGCAUGGACUAGAAAAUAUCUAA